GGUAGCAACAAAGACAAUGCCUGAAAGCAAUAUUCAUCGAGGAGAUGAUGAACUUGGGGGUUGCCAGGAGCACUCAUACUAUCACAAUGUAUUUGGCAUGUUGAUGGCAAGAUCAACAUUUGAAGGCAUGAAAUUAGCCAAUGAAAAUAAGCGUCCCUUUGUUCUUACUAGGGCUGGAUUUAUUGGCAGUCAAAAGUAUGCUGCAACAUGGACAGGAGACAACGUUUCAAAUUGGGAGCAUCUGCACAUGUCCAUCUCCAUGGUUCUUCAAUUGGGACUCAGUGGUCAACCAUUUUCAGGACCUGAUAUUGGCGGAUUUGUUGGAAAUGCAACGCCUAAGCUUUUUGGAAGGUGGAUGGGUGUCGGUGCAAUGUUUCCUUUCUGUCGUGGGCAUUCUGAAAAAGCCUCUUUUGACCAUGAGCCAUGGUCUUUUGGAGAUGAGUGUGAAGAAGUUUGUCGUCGGGCAUUAAAGAGACGUUAUCGCCUUAUACCACACUUAUAUACUCUAUUUUAUGAUGCUCAUAUAAUGGGUACCCCAGUGAUGACUCCUACCUUCUUCGCUGAUCCAACAAAUCCUAGCUUAAGGACCAUUGAAAAUUCCUUCCUUUUGGGUCCACUUUUGGUUUAUGCAAGGUUUUGCUCUCUUUAUUUUCAGAUAAAUCACUAGGUUAUGAAACAAACGUAUAUGUGCUUUGUUGACUUUAUAUCAAUGCACACAAUAUGGGUUGGUUUAUAAGUUUUUCUUUGAACUAAUACUUAUUGCUAUGUUACAUAAA